AUGGGCCGCCACUCUAACACCCCUAAUGCCAUCCUAAACCCGGCGCUAAGGUUUACCGUAAAAUUCCCGCCAAUUCCAUACGGCCAGGCCCUGCGCUACACCCAUGCAAUUGAAAAAUCUUCAGUUGAAUCCAGCAGACGCCACCCAUGCCUUCUAACGUGGGGCAAACUGGUUAAAUGCAUGAGAAGGUACCCGCAUUCUUCCAGCAAUAAAUGUACUGCCGAAUCUAUGCGGCAUAAUCAAUGUUUGCAAAAUAACGAAGGGUGGAAGGAGCCAACUUCCAUGAACUCUUUCAAGAUUUUGGAUAUGUUUCAAAUGUUUUACAGGGGACUAGGCAAGAAGUACAAGGAUAGGAGUAUAAAUCAACAUGGAGCAGGCACGUUUACUGUAUUCAAACCGAAUUCAUAA